AUGCACCCCAACCCAUCCUGUGGCGUCGUCCUAAAACACCACACCCUCUGCCGCGGAUGCGCCUAUGGGCGUAAUGGGCUGGGACAUGCCACGAUGGAGCAUGCAGCUAGCGACAAAGGACCGCAAAUAGAGGGGCACGAUGACGAUUCCACCGGCCUGACUGUCACUGUCACUGCAACCACACCUACCAGGACGUAUCGCAGGCGCAAGACGUGCACGGAGCAACAUGGUCGUGCCGUCAGCACCUCGCAACGCCUCGGCCACGGAAGGCUGUCGUCUUGGUUGGUAGUCAGUCAGUCAGUCAGUGGGGGGUGGGGGAGUCGGGAAGUGUAUGGCAUUGGAGCCUGUUGGUGUAGUGUGGGCCCAGGUGGGCAGAGGACGACGUUGUGGGUGAAGAAACAAAGUACAAGGUACCUACUCCUGGCUCUGGCUCUGGCUCUGGCUCUGGCUCUGGCUGGUAAACUUGGACGAACUCAGCAAGGGCACCUCCACCCGUUCGUGCACAACGUGGCAGGACGAGCUUUCACUCGCUCGCGCGCUGGUGAGCCGGCCAGUGUGGGCAACAGCGGCAGCAUCAGGGCCCUUGUGGGUGCAGUGCAGUAUAGGGCCCCCAUGGCAGCAGGGCAGCAUAUGGCAGCACCACGCCCGUUUGGGCAACCCAUUAAGCGGCGCGUCAUCCAGGUACCGCACUGCGAGCCCCUUACCAUGCCGUUUUGCGACGGUCCACGGGCGCGUGCGGCCCUCAACUGCACAACCUAUACGCCCUGCACACACACGCACACACGCACACGCACCAUCGCCCACCCGUCCAACGCCAACCCUCCAGUCCAUGUCUAG